AUGUUGGCCACGGUGUUCGGAGCCCGGCGCAGAGCCCGGAAGGCUCCACCCAAGGCUGCAAAGGCGCCCGAAGUGUACGCCGAGCCCGAGAAGGAGCGCCGCCAGAGACCUCGGAAGCGGAAGCGUCCGUCCGUAAGUCCUGCGGCCGCGGCGAAGGCGGAAGCCUCGGCCUCGAAGCUUCCGCCUCCGGCGGCCCUCCCUGCCGCAACUGAGCCAGAGCCGAAGCAGAGCAAGACCAGCGGCGCCGCGCGGCGGCGCCUGGCGAAGGAAAAGGCCAAGGCUGAGGCCGCAAUCCAGGUGCCCGUGGAAAACACCGAGGCCGCUGCUGGGGAGGCGCUCUCCCAAGCAGCUUUGAAUGCGGUACAGGUAAGUGGUCCCGGCUGUGAGUCAGAAGAUCUCAAGCCCUGGCUGAGUUUUUCUGAGGUGCAAGUUGGUGGGCCGAAAGGGAAGCUGCCGCAAGUUGUGACGUCCUACAUGGCUCAGUACCGGUCCUUCAGACAGCCGACGCCCAUCCAGGCGUACUGUUGGCCUGCUGCGUGUGCGGGCCGGAACGUCCUUGGCAUCUCCAAAACCGGCAGUGGGAAGACCCUCGCCUUUAUUUGCCCCGGACUCGCGCGCAUCCUCUCCUUCCGCAGCUCGCCGACAGCAAGCUUCGGGCCCUAUGUGCUCGUGAUCGCGCCUACGAGAGAGCUGGCCGUCCAGAUUGCCAAAGAUGCAAAGGGACUGUGCCUGGCCCUCCGGAUCCGCCUCGCCUGCCUCUUCGGUGGUACCUCGAAAGGGGAACAGGUGAAGUCGCUGGAUAAAGGCGUCGACCUCAUUGUGGCCACACCGGGGCGGCUGGAUGAUUUGGUGUCACAGCCCGAUAGAUUCACCGGCCGCGAGAUCUUGUCUCUGUCGAUGGUGCACUAUGUGGUGCUAGACGAGGCAGAUUGCAUGUUGGAGUUGGGCUUCGAACACCAGGUUCGGCGCCUACUGGGCAAAGUCAACGCCAAGCAUCAGAUCCUUUGCUUCAGCGCCACGUGGCCGCCCAAGGUCGAGGUCCUGGCGAAGGAGCGUGUCAAGAAUGCGAUCAGGAUAGAGGUUGGUGCCAACCAGGCCACGGGGAUUUCCGGGAACUCAAACUGCGAGCAGCACGUGAGGUGCCUUCGUCAGUCCACGGCAGAGGCGAAGACACGUGAGCAACCAGCCGGCACUGUUUUGGGCAAGAGUGUCUAUGAGAAGGUUUGCAAGUCUGGUCCGGUGCUAGCCAUGCUGCUGAUUCGGGCUGUGUCGGGUGAAGUCCUCAUUGACAUUGACUUGUUGAGCUUUCUUGAGACGCUUCCGGCAGAGAUGAGUCCUGUCCGAGCAUUGAAGCAACACUUGCACAGCAUGUUGGGGCUGUCACGGUUCAGGCAAAGGCUGGUGUUUCCGGAUGAUGAUGCGGCUCCAGAUGACGAGCGACAGAACUUGAGACCCACCGGCGUUCAGGUGGUGGUGAUUCAGAACUUCUUCCCAGCAUCAAGUGAACGCCCUUCGGGAUACUGCCAGAAGCGGCCUGACAUCAGAAGUGGACAGUAUUUCACACAGGUGGUGCACCUCCUGCUGGACGCUAAGGCUGACAAAGACAAUGCCACGCAUCGUGGCCAACCCCCUUCACUCAUUGCAACUCAGAAUGGGCAGUUGGAGGCCAACGCGGACAAGGACAAGGGCAACGAGAACGGUGCCACCCCUUUGUAUGCUGCAUCUCAAAACGGGCAUUCGGAGGUUGCACGCCUUCUGCUGGAGGCCAAUGUGGAUCAGGUUGCACGCCUUCUGCUGGAGGCCAAUGUGGACAAGGACAAGGGCAUAGAGAACGGUGCCACCCCUUUGCAUAUUGCAGCUCUGAAUGGGCAGGUGGAGAUUACGCGCCUUUUGCUGGAGGCCCAAGCCGACAUGGACAAGACCACAACGACUGGCGCCUCCGCGUUGCAAGUUGCAGCUCACUUGGUUGCACGCCUUCUGCUGGAGGCCAAGACCAAAGAGAACGAGGCCGCCCCUGCGUUUGUUGUCAUUCAUGAUGGAGCCACGCCCCAGCCCAGAAGACUGGAUAGCAGGAGGUUGCACACCUUCUGUCGAGAAUUGGAGGCUGAUAUGGACGAAGGGCAAUGGCUUGGAUGA